CGAGCCCUCUAUCCUCCCUCACAUUCUGCAAAUCACGGCGGGUCCCCGGCGACGGCCGCGAUAGGACAGACACGGGUCUGCCGGUGACGGCUGCUGUUGUAGCGCUCCUGCGGUGCUCUCCGGUGCUCGGCGUGUGCUCCGGCGCUGGUCUCCGGUGCUCGGUGUGUGCUCAGCGGCUGAAAAGGGUGCACCAUGAGGUCGUCACGACGAGCGCUGCCGGUGCCGCUGCUGCUGGCGGUAGUGGUGUGCGGGGUCGGCUGUCGAGCGGCCCCGGCCCCCGCAGCAGCGGUUCCAAUGCUGGUCAGCACAGCCGUGGAUCCGCCUCCUUCCGGUGCCAGUGGAGACACUCCCGUGGCACUCACAGAAGACUCUAUGGGUGCCGAACUAGGCGAUAUGAUGAUGAUGCAGAUGACGUUUUUUGGCAAUAACACCUUCAAGCUCUGGUUCAAAUCUUUCGGCAUCCACGACGCCGGCACGCUGACUGCCGCCUGUCUGGGAGUCGGCGUCAUGGCCGCUCUCUACGAGGGCCUCAAGGUCUUCAGGUCACUGUCCAGAUGGUUUAGUACUUUAAGUCCGGAUAGUGCAGCGAGACCACUCCUUGGUGGAAGGCGCAGCCAAUUCUACGACACUUUCCAAUCGUUAAUCCUCGUCGACAAAAUAGCUUCUUCCAGACUGUCGUCUCCUGGACACUGGGUUCAAGUCUUCCUGCAUAUUGUGCAAGUCACCUGCGGCUACUUCCUCAUGCUGGCCACCAUGACGUACAGCUCGUGGAUCAUGAUAGCCGUUUGCGCCGGAGCAGGAGUCGGCUACGCCAUCUUCGCGCCCAUGGUCUCCAAGCGAGCUCUGCUGGGCGCCGGCUCUACCGACCACUGUCAAUAGACACCUGAGUGGGGUCUAUAGAUCAUUGUCAAUAGACGUGAGCUCUGGGGUCUACUGUUCACUAUCAGUAGAUACAUGAAAGGGUCUACAGGUCAUUGCCAGUAAACUCGGGCGCGGGGUCAACGGAACACUGUCAAUAGACACAGGCGUCAAAUGUAUAAAGAAACUCUGCCGGGCUCGGAGUAACUGCAUUGUUAAAAAGGACAAGUGGGUGGCUCUAUACGGCGGGCCGCUGCGACAUGCACAGUGGUAUAAUGCAACGGGUGAGCUGUGAUUGCCUCACGGGUCAACCUUGGCUGCCCAACGGGUCAACUGUAAACGCUGAGCGGUUUUGUGCGAGAAGAAAUCAUUGGGAUUUUAGGCUCAACGAGUUGAGCGUGGGGAUACUGCUGGCCAGGCCCAUUGCUGGAUAGGUUUGACUCUCAUAGUUUGAUUCUGUUCCGUUAUUUAAAACAUGGUCUUAAUAUAAUGUUUCAUGCAGUACCAUCAUCAUCAUAAGAUCAUUCGAUCAUAACAUUAUAAUUUGUGCCGUCAAAGAAAAUAAAUGUCACUUAUUGAUUCA